UCCAUUUAUUUAUUCCCACACACAAAAACAAGAACACACCACAUUAAUAUCAUAUCUGUAGAAGAAGAACACUAAUAAUAUAACUACUACUAAUAAAGAUGGGAAAAGGUCCUGGUCUAUAUCCCGAUAUCGGCAAAAAAGCCAAAGAUCUUUUGUACAAGGAUUACCAAUGCGACCAUAAGUUUUCUCUCACUACCUACUCCGCCAAUGGACUUGCCAUUACCUCGUCAGGAACUAAGAAGGGUGAGGCAUUCUUGGCAGAUGUCAGUACUAAACUAACUAACAAAAACAUCACAACUGAUGUCAAAGUGGACACAAAUUCAAAGCUAUUAACGACUAUCACAAUUGAUGAAGCUGCACCUGGACUGAAGACCAUCUUGAGCUUCAUCGUUCCUGAUCAGAGAUCUGGCAAAGUCGAACUUCAGUACUUGCAUGAGUAUGCAGGAAUUAGCACCAGUGUCGGUUUGACUGCUAGCCCCAUAAUCAACUUCUCUGGGGUAGCUGGAAACAACACACUGGCAUUUGGGACUGAUGUUUCUUUUGACACUGAUUCUGGUAAUUUUACCAAAUACAAUGCAGCCCUGAGCUACACGACUUCUGACCUCAUUGCAUCGUUGACACUGAAUGAUAAAACGGACACGCUUACAGCUUCUUACUACCACACAGUAAGCCCAUUAACCAACACAGCAGUCGGUGCUGAGUUGAGCCAUGUGUUCUCAGGCAACGAGAACUAUCUGACGAUUGGGACGCAACAUUCACUAGACCCGUUGACCACGGUCAAGGCUCGGGUCAACAAUGCUGGCAUGGCAAGUGCUCUCCUGCAGCAUGAAUGGCGUCCAAAGUCCUUGAUCACCAUAUCAGGAGAAGUGGACACUAGGGCUAUUGAUAAGAGUGCAAAGGUUGGACUGGCUGUCGCUCUAAAGCCUUGAACACCAGACACGCUUCACUAUCAAUCCUAUCAUUGCGGAUUUAUAGCAGAGAAAUAAGGCGGGUUGAUGUUGAUUUUCCCAUUGAGAAUGUUGGACCAAACUGCCAUUUAUUUUUCUUGUAAAAGUUGUUAAUUGAUUUGGUCUGCAUUGUUAACAUUGGAUCGGUUGCUAUCAAAGCAAACAUUUAUUGAAUUUGGUUGAUCAUCA